UACAAUUUUCUUUUCUAUGAAUAGAGGCAUACCCACUACCAGUCUGCUACUAAUUUCCUUACCUAAAAGAUUCACAGAAAUGGUAAGGCACAACAUUAAGCCAACACUAUCUUACUCUCACCAUCUCCUACUUCUCCUCUUCCCCAUCUUGUUUCUCUCUUACUGGAUUCCAUUAUUGAGUGGACAAGAAUAUGAAGCUGUUGGGCAUGGCUACACAAUUGACUCUGUUACUAUUAAUCUACCAGACAAGUCUUUGAAAGCUGAUCUUAGCCUUAUCAGGAAUUCCUCUAUUUAUGGAACUGAUAUUCAAAGUCUCAAUCUUUUGGCCAGCUUUGAAACAAAAGAACGUCUCAGAAUCAGAAUAACAGAUUCCAAAACACAGAGAUGGGAGAUCCCACAAGAUAUCAUUCCCCGUCCAACCCAUCCUUCCACCCUGAAAACCCUUUCUGUCGAAGAAUCUCCGGCGACCCACCGUGCCUUGUACGAAAACAGAAUCCUCUCCACCCCCACAUCAGACCUCGUUUUCACCCUCCACAGCACGACGCCUUUCGGCUUCUCCGUGUCCCGGAAAUCCAACGGGGACGUACUUUUCGACGCGUCGCCGGACACGGGGGAUCCCGGCACGUUCUUGGUCUUUAAGGAUCAAUAUCUACAGCUCUCUUCUUCGCUCCCCAAAGACAGGUCUAACCUUUAUGGAAUUGGGGAGCACACAAAGAGCUCUUUCAGGCUGCAGCCUAAUCAGACGUUGACUUUGUGGAAUGCUGACAUUGGAAGUUCUGUCCAGGAUGUUAAUCUCUAUGGUUCCCACCCGUUUUUCUUGGACGUCCGAUCACCGUCAGGGGACGGGAGAAUGCCGGCGGGGAGCAGCCACGGUGUUCUGGUGAUGAACAGUAACGGGAUGGAUGUAGUUUACGGCGGCGACAGGAUAAGUUACAAGAUAAUCGGGGGUGUUAUUGAUCUGUAUAUUUUUGGUGGGCCGUCUCCGGAUAUGGUUAUACAACAGUACACAGAGCUCAUUGGUCGGCCUGCGCCUAUGCCUUACUGGUCAUUUGGGUUUCACCAGUGCCGAUAUGGUUACAAGAACCUUUCAGAUGUUGAGUCAGUGGUUGCUGGCUAUGAAAAAGCUGGUAUCCCUCUUGAAGUUAUGUGGACUGAUAUUGAUUACAUGGACGCAUAUAAGGAUUUCACUUUUGAUCCUGUCAACUUUCCUGCCGAUCAAAUGAAACAAUUUGUUGACAAGCUUCAUCAGAAUGGUCAAAGAUACGUCGUCAUUAUUGAUCCUGGUAUCAGUCUGAAUGAUAGCUAUGGAACCUAUACCAGAGGGAUGGAAGCCGAUGUCUUUAUUAAACGUGAUGGUGUGCCUUACUUGGGAGAAGUUUGGCCAGGACCUGUCUACUUUCCUGAUUUUCUAAAACCUGACACCAACACCUUCUGGAGAGAUGAGAUCAAAAGGUUCAGAGACAUUGUUCCUGUAGAUGGUCUUUGGAUUGACAUGAAUGAGAUUUCCAAUUUCAUAACUUCACCACCAACUCCAUCCUCUACCCUUGAUGAUCCCCCUUACAAGAUUAACAAUGCAGGGAACCAAAGGCCGAUUAACAAUAAGACAACACCAGCAACAUGUCUACAUUUUGGCAGCAUUACAGAAUAUGAUGUCCACAACUUAUAUGGACUGCUAGAAGCUAGAGCAACACAUGAUGCUCUAAUAGAUGUGACUGGCAAGAGGGCUUUUGUGCUUAGUAGAUCCACUUUUGUAAGCUCUGGCAAGUACACAGCUCACUGGACUGGAGACAUUGCCUCCACAUGGGUUGAUUUGGCCAACACCAUUCCCACCAUGCUGAACUUUGGACUCUUUGGCAUAUCAAUGGUUGGUGCUGACAUAUGUGGUUUUUCUGGGAAUACUAGUGAAGAACUCUGCCGUCGUUGGAUUCAGUUGGGUGCAUUUUAUCCCUUUGCAAGAGAUCACUCGGAUAAAUUCAGUAUUCGUCAAGAGCUUUAUCUAUGGGAUUCAGUUGCUGCAACUGCAAGGAAAGUGCUGGGGCUGCGUUAUCGGUUACUUCCAUACUUCUACACACUAAUGUACGAGGCACAUACCAGAGGAACACCUAUAGCAAGGCCCCUUUUCUUCUCAUUCCCUGAAGAUGUCAACACUUACGAGAUCAGUUUCCAAUUUCUGAUUGGUAAGGGUGUGAUGGUUUCGCCAGUGCUCGAGGGAGGAGAAUCAUCGGUUGAUGCAUACUUCCCUAAAGGAAACUGGUUCAGUCUGUUCAAUUACUCUAAUUCUGUAAGCUCAAGCCCAGGAAAGUACGUGACACUCGAUGCACCAGCUGACGAGAUUAAUGUGCAUGUCAAAGAAGGUAAUAUUCUGGCAAUGCAAGGGGAAGCGAUGACAACAGAAGCUGCUCGAAAGACGCCAUUCGAGCUCCUGGUUGUUGUGAGCAGCAAUGGAUGCAAUAGUUCUGGUGAAUUGUUCUUGGAUGGUGGAGAGGAUGUGGGGAUGGGCGAACUUGGAGGGAAAUGGAGUUUCCUCCGAUUUUAUGGUGGAAGUAGAGGGAAUUCUCUAUUUGUUUCAUCAGAAAUUGAGAAUGGAAGUUUCGCUUUGAGCCAGAAAUGGAUCAUCAAUAAGGUAACUUUCAUUGGGUUGGCAAAGGCCCGGAAAUUGAAAGCACAUCAGGUUCACAUUACAAAGGGAUACAAGUUGAGUGGCAAGCACCCUGUUGUGGAGACUAGCUUGGACAGAAAUGGACAGUUUGGUAGCAUUGAAGUUUCAGGAUUAUCAAUUCUGAUAGGAGAGGCGUUUAACUUGGAUGUGAAUCUCAUGCAAUGAUGAAAAAUCUCUCAAGUCACUGCCACAAAAUAAGAUUUGGAUUGGGUUACUUGUGCACCCAGUUAGCAACUUUAGCAAGCUAAUCAAAAUCAAAGGGAUAAAAAAAAAAAUUGUUUGCAUGAUAAUAAUGCAUAGCAGACCUUUUACAAAUCAGACAAGGAUUAUGCAAAAAAUUUCUUGAGACGAACAGCAAUGAGCAUAGAAUACUUUCAUAUUUUCGUAAAUUUAUCUAAAGAAUAAAUUUUCUUUUCA